AUGCGGAAGAAGUACAAGGCUAAGGCUGCAGCGGCGGAUCAGCGCCGCCAGGCGACAUCGGAUGCCAUUGCGUCUGUCACCAGCGGUGGAAAGAGGAGCCGCAUAACUGACUACUUAGAGACGAAUGAGGCAGCUGGGAAGUGCGAUGCACAUGAGGUGUUGGCGCUCAUGCUCGCGGGGUGUCGCAUCCCAGAGCGCGUCGCGGAGCACCCUCUCUUCAUCAACGCCGUCUGUGCCAUUAGGGACGCCGGCACAGGCUACGUCCUCCCUAGGAGGGGGUUCAUCGGCGAGGCGGGCCUGCGACUGUGCUGCGAGAACAUCGACAGGGGGCUGGUUAGAGUGAAGGCGAGGUGGAAGCGGACCAGCGUGACAGUUUCGUCUGAUAUGAUGACCGAUAAGAACGGUCGCCCACAGGCGAACGUCUUUCUCGUCAACGACAGUGGCGCGGUGUUCAAGGAGAGCGUGGACGGCCGGAUGGAGACCAAAACCGGCGGUUAUGUCGCCAGCAUCCUCAGGCCCAUGGUGGAGGAGGUCGGUUCGGAGAACGCGGGGCCGCACAUUCAACACAUGCCAUGCGCCACCCACGUCUUGGACUUUUCAUGGAAGACGUCGUCGCUUGCACAGAUGCUGGUGUCUGAUGUGUGGAAGGGCUGGGAAAUUGGGGAGAGAAAGAAGGCUGCGGAGAAGUUUGCAGCGCAAGUUCUUGAUGCCGCGUGGUGGCGGACGGCGGAGUUUUUCUGCAAGCUGAUGAAGCUCCCGUUCAUGGCAAUGCGUAAGACCUAUGUGGAUGCCAAGGGGAUGAUGGGCCGUAUGUAUGACGUGAUGCUGAAGUUGACCGAGGAUGUGGUGGCAGUGGUGGAGGAGGAUGAGGAGCAGCUGAGCUACUCCGACAAACACUCCGAGCACCUCAGCAAUCACGGGAAGGAGGGGGAUGAUGGGAAUGACAGCGGCGAGGUUUUGAUGGAACUGCAGGACGAGUGGCACGGCACUGACGCACCAAAGCUGGCGGCCCUCGCCAUCAGGACUCUCUCUCAGCCCGUGUCGGCUUCACCAUGUGAGAAGGGAUGGUCAACGUGGGAUGGGGUGCACACAGCCCGCCGGAACAAGCUUGGCUCUGCCAAGUGCCGAAAUUUGGUUUUUGUUGCGCACAACUGGCAUUCUUGUGAAGAUGUCAUGCCGGGUGUGGUGCUCGGGAACAUGCUGGAGCCUCCUGUUCCCGAGGGCUACAAUGUGGUGGAGGGGGAUGAGGAGGAGGAGGAAGGGGAAGACAUUUUGGAGGAUGAGUAUGAGUAA